AUAUAUUUUGUUGAAUAUGAGAUGACAUGGGAUAAUAGGAUUAAGGAGGAGUCUUCCCUCCUCAUUGCCCUUUUAAUACGUCUUAGACACCCAGACAUUGACUUAGAUGCCUCGGGAGAAGUAGCAUUAGGAUUUAAGACCGUUCCCCAUUUUAGCUGUACCAAGAGAGACAAAGGUACACAAGAUUACCAGAAAGAGGCCAGGAGCAUGUCAUCCAAGAAGAAGAGAGCUGCCAUAGAUCUCUCCCUGGAGGCAGAGAGAAGACGGCCAGAAGAACGCGGCGGCGGCAGCGAUCGCGAAGCCAGCGAUGGCGCCGCUGCUGCAGCUGAGGAAGAUGGUGAUGUCAAGCAACGAGAGGGCCCUAAAGAGGAAACCGGCGGCGAGGAGGAGAAGGUAGUUGAAGUGGUUGUGGACCAAGGAGAAGACGGCUCCAAUGAGGAGAUCAAAUAUAGGACUCAACAAGCAGAGAUGAUCGAGGAGGACAAGCAACCAGCUGCAGCAGCAAACGUCGACGACGAUGGCGGCGACAGCGACGGAGUCGGAGCUAGCGCGGAAGAGAAGCACAUGGUAACAGAGGCCACCGGCGGCGAAGGCGACGACGGAGGCGAUAGCCGUACCCCCAUGGCGCAAGAUGAGCUCAGCGAGAUGCAGGAGGAGAUGGAGAGGAUGAAGGAGGAGAACCGGAUGCUCCGGCGAGUCGUCGACAAGACGGUGCGCGACUACUACGAGCUGCAGAUGAAGCUAGCCGCCUACCAGCAGCAACCGGCAGCAGCAGAUGAGCCUAAGGAGACCGAGGUGUUCCUCUCCCUCGGCGCAACGGCCGCCGCCUCCGCCGGCUGCGGCGGCGGCUUCCCGGAGGCGAAGAGCAAGGAGCAGGCCGCGUGGCGGCGGCGCUCUGUCGGAAGCGACGACAGCGACUGCGGCAAGGAGGAUCUAGGGCUGUCCCUUAGCCUGGGAGCGUCGUCGUCGUACGACGACGACCAGAAGGCGGUGGAAGCAAGGCCGCACGACGUCGACGGCGCGGCGGCUGCGGCCAUGAUCGGCGGCGACGGCAGCAGGCCGGCGCCGAGGGGGUACGCGCUGCUGGAGAGCAGCAAGGUGCAGGGUGGCGCGGCGCCGGCCGCCGGCGAGCUCGCCGCGGCCGGCGGCAUCACGAGCCAGAGCGUCAACCCGGCCAACCGCAAAACUAGGGUUUCAGUUCGAGUCCGGUGCCAAGGCCCCACCAUGAACGAUGGGUGCCAAUGGCGGAAAUACGGGCAGAAGGUCGCCAAGGGCAACCCGUGCCCGCGAGCUUACUACCGGUGCACCGUCGCGCCGGGCUGCCCGGUGCGGAAGCAGGUGCAGAGAUGCCUCGAGGACAUGUCGAUCCUGGUGACGACGUACGAGGGCACGCACAACCACCCGCUCCCCGUCGGCGCCACCGCCAUGGCGUCCACCACCUCCGCCGCGGCCACCUUCAUGCUUCUCUCCAGCACCACCUCCUCCUCCUCCGUCUCCGACGCCUCCGCCGCGCCGUCGUCGUCCUACCUCAGCCCGUACCUGCUCAACUCCGCCUCGCCGUUGCUAAUGCCGGGCGCCACCGGCGGCGGCGGCGGCAUGCAGCAUCUCAACCUGUUCGGGAAUUCGCCGUCGUCGUCGUCUCUGCUAGCUCCGCAAGCGCCAGGCUCCAGCAAGUACCCGUGGUCUCCGAACCACCCUCCGCUCGCCGGCGCCGGAGGUAAUAAGAGACCGUUCUGGAGCGCCGGCGGCGACGGGGACAAGCCGGCGCCGGCGGCAUUGGCCGAGAACGUCGGCGCGGUGAUGUCGGACCCGAACAAGUUCUCGGCGGCGAUCGCCGCGGCGAUCAACAACUUCAUGGGGAAAGACGGCGAGAGUAGCAGCGGCAAGAGUAGUAGUAAGUGGGGCGUGGUUGAAUCACUUCCACCCCAUGAGUAGUAGUGAGAAUUAUAUUACUAGUUACUAGCUAAUCAAAUGUGACAAGAUUGAUUCAAUGAUUGGGAAAUCAGUUAGGAUUAUUGCGUGUAAACAAAUCAAACUAGGGGAAAUCACACAUUGGAAACAUUUUUUUCGGGGAGAUUUCGUUGUAAUUUUUCAGUUUUUUUUUGUUUGGAACAGAUCGAAUUGUUGUUAACCGUAAAUUACAGUAUCUGUUCAUCGUCUUUAUUAAUUAACAAGGUUGUACGAUCA